CGUGGGAUCAAUUUACGUAGUUUAUUUUUGGUAUGUUAGGAAAGUUAACACGUGUUUUUUAUUUGGCGCAAUGCGUAUGUUCUAUCCCUCACGGGCGCACGCGUAUAUCGCAUCUAGUUGAUCCUACCAUCUAUGUAAAAUAUACAUAUAGACUAUCCCGUCAUUUGUCGUUUGGUAAUUUCUCCUUCCCCCCGUUCAUGCCUGAUCCAGUUAUAAUUGAUUCAUGAUUUUUAAAUUGUCAUAUUUGACAUUUCAUUCAACCUUGACAAUGUCUAUUUUUCAGCAAAAAAAUGUAUAUUUAGGCGCAUUAUUUCAUUUUUGUGGAGAGUGAGUGGAUCCAUAAUGAGUAAAAAUAUGUGGUAACACGGAUUUAUAUAUUCUCGCUAAUUAAAACUGUUGUGCUCCUGAUAUCAUAAUGCAUGCUGCGUGUGGCAUGAGGCUCCUACAGGCUGCGAGCCCUAUCAGGAGCCAACAUAGGUCCAUUUCAGCAUUCAAUCGCGGUAUAGCAGUACUUUUCAAACCAAAGAACUUGCUAAUUACCAACAGCUUAACAUCAGGGAUAUUUAUGUUUGUCGGAGACUUGGCACAGCAAGAGUUUGAAUAUCGAUCUGAAUAUCUGAAAACACGAUAUGAUUGGGCUAGAUCAGCAAGAAUGUUAAUUGUAGGAAUACUUAUGGGUCCAUUACACCACUACUAUUAUAUAUAUUUAGACAAAAUACUACCUGGUGCUGAAAUAAAGACAGUUUUCAAAAAAAUAGCUUAUGAUCAACUGUUUGCAUCACCUGCAACUAUUUUACUUUUCUUUAUUGGAAUGGGCAUGCUAGAAAACAAAAGCACUCAACAAACAAAGGAUGAGAUUGCAUACAAGUUCAAGUACACAUACCUAGGUGACUGCAUGUUUUGGCCACCAGUACAGUUCAUCAACUUUUAUUUUUUACCAACAAAAUACAGGGUGUUUUACAUAAAUGGCGCAACAAUGUUAUUUAACGUAUUUUUAUCUUAUGUAAAACAUUUUGAUCAAUAUUGAUGCAUUUACCAUAUGGUAAGGAAGCCCAAGAGGGGAUUGUUGUAGUUACUUGACAGAUUAAAAUAUGAGUGUUAGUUUGCUACCUAUGGAGUCUACCUUAAUCACUUUUAGUUAUCUAUGUUGGUUUGUUGGAUGGUGGAGAAUAGGUUACAAGUUCGGAACACAGUAUCCGUCAGAUUAAAAAAAUGCAUACAAAUAAUUGUCAAAUUAAGUACAAUUAUAGCAUCAACAUGGACCAAAAUAACCAAAUCCAUCAACCAACGGCCCAACAUAGAUGGCUAAAAGUGAUUAAGGUAGACUCCACAGGUAGCAAGUUAUAACUCUGUCUUAUUGGUGUCCGCAACUCGACGUCAUAUUUCGCGCCUAUUUUGCGUAGUGGGUUGUCAGCACUACUCUUGCUAACCCAACUCUACCAAGAAGCCUAGCAGACCCUUGAUGUUGCCGACGACUACUGGGAGAGACCCCGGCGAACCGAGGUAUUGUGUCCGGUACUCUGCCAACCCUGGGCAUUCAAGAAUGACGUGGGCAGCUGUCUCCUGCCACCAUGCAUGCUCUGCAGAGGGGGUGUAACACGUAGGGUUCAUCACUCUGUCUUAAUCGGACAUUUUUAGUAACUACAAAAAUCCUCCCUGGAGUUUCCUAGUGUUACUUGAGCACAACCUGUUCUGUGAUGUAAAGAAUGUAAUGUAAAUAUUAUGUAUAUAGUUAUAGAAAAUAUAUGUAAAAAGUAGUAAAAUUCGUUUGACGCUUGGUGAUAUAAA